AUGCAUCGAGCAUCGAGCGCCGAGCUUUUCCCAUGGCCCGCCAUCGGCGACGACGCUCACGAAUGUGCACGUGAUGCCUGCCGCACACCUGCCGCGCCCUCGGUGAUGGACGCAGGUGCCACGACAAGCACUGUAGGUACGUACGUACGCUGGCCGGUCGCCGGGUACAUGCACGGUACGUGGGCGGCAUCUCGUGUACGCUCGCGACGCCCGCCUGCCUCGUGCCGCGGGGUGAGGGGCCACGAGGAUGCACCUCGCGCGAGGUCACUUUCAUUGCCGUCGACGCGGGGACGGUACCUGGCGGGCGAAAGCGACAGACGAUCGCUGGCUGCGCCGCGGCCUGGCGUGCAUGUACACGUCGUAGGCAUCGCACCGCAUCGUAAUGACCGUGCGGGCAGGGUGGCGAGGCUCGCUCCGCAUUCGCUCGCGCCUCCCGACCUGUGCGAGGACAUCUCGACGACCGACGAAAGAUGGCGAGCGCCUCCCUGCCCCUGCACGGACAGACCGCCUCGCCAGAGGGACCGUCUUGACGGCCGACGAGUCACGGCGACGGCCUGCUACCCUACACGACACGCAUCGCACGACACGCACCGCACGACACGCACCAAGCGCACGGCGCAGGCUGGUCGCCCCCUCGACUGCCUCGCCAGCAUUGGCCGACUCCAGGUGCACGGCAUCCCUCGCCCGCGACUCUGGGUGCCAAGGCCGCCGUCGAGGCGUAGCCCACGCUCCCACGCCCGCGUCAUCGUUCUACAUGAUACUCGAAACGGACCCGAGCCCGGCAACGGUGCCGUGGGCUCGUCUCGGCCUCCUGGAAACCCACCGCCUCCCGCCCCUCCACCGCAGCCUCCUGCGAUGGCAGCGGCGGAAACAGGUCCGCACGACGACCGACGGCACGAGCUAGGCUGCGGCCCACCGCCGUUGGACGGUUUCACCUUGACAUUUACUUCUUGGUUCGGAUGA